CUAAAGAAAAGGCUGCUGCAAGAACACUGCCCAGAUUAAAUAUGGUCUAAAAUUGUCAAAAUUGUGAUUUAAAUUAUAAAUUAUCUGAUUAAAUAAUUCAUAAAUAAUAAAUGUACCUCAAUCAGAGCAAGUAUUUUGAUGCCAGCUCUCUGUACUUGACAGUUAGUGAUACUGGGUGCUACAGUCAGACACUUUUGGUACCAAAAAAAGAUUGACUUGACCUAGCCUUACCCAAAUUGGUCCUAGUUUGAAGGAUUGGGUUUAGUUGAGCCAAACCUGAGAUAGCUGAACUGAAGUGAGACAGAAAACAUAGACAACACUGACACACACGGGAGAGAGAGAGAGAGAGAGAGAGAGAGAGAGAUCGAAAGCAAAAACACAGGAGGGAUGUGGAGACGCGCACGCAUAUGCACGCGCAUGCUCGGUCACGCUGCGCUCAGAUUUGGCUGCUCCUCAGCUUCUCUGGGCGCUGAUGCGCGGCGUCCCCGACUGACACGCCUUGUGUAUCUCCUCCCAUCAGCCACAGGAAGAAAUCAUAUUCAAUUCCAGCCGUGUCAUUACAAAAACCAUACACCACCCAGCCGGCAUUAUAAAUUGGUAUUGAAUGGGGAGAUGGUGAGUAAAUGUUGGAGGAAAUUUGUAGCCUACAUAUUUGCAUAAUGUGAUUUUUUUCCCACAAGUAUCAGGAAAUGGAUCUGCCCAUUUAGCCAUGCGCAAAUUAGUGUUAAAUUGGGAUGAUUGCUGGAUUGCGCGCAUGUGCCUUACUGAAAUCAGUUACACUAAUCCCAUAAUAAAUUUGGCUACUACUUCAGCAAAUAUAUGAAUCCCUGUUGGACUAUAACGGCCUAUAAAAUAUACUAUAUCCGUAUUACUAUAUAGGGAAACUGUUAUUAUUAUUAAUUAUUCACAACAAAGUCACUGAAUUUAAAUUUCUCUGGGAUUUUCUUGUGUGUGUGUGUGUGUGUGUGUGUGUGUGUGUGUGUGGUGUGUGCAUUACUCAUCGGUGAAAAUACGGGAGAUGACGUCACUUUUACUAGAGCCAACCUUACGAUUGAGAGCUUACGUCACUGCACUGAAAUAUAGCUACUGAGUGCAACUUGAUCAGGAUGAUAUCACAUGAUAAGAAAAUCGAUUCAUCCAUCAAACAAAUGACUCUGCGAAACUGGAGCUUUUUUAUGAAAAGAAAUAAGAUAUCAUAAAUAUCAUAUAUAUCAUAGACUCAAGUGCUUUGUCACGAUAGACUGCACUUCAUGUUGCUUUCCCCCUUUUUGGUAAAGUUUCUAGGACUUUAUUUUCUGCAAUUCAUCAGUGUCAGAAUCUCAUUUUUAGUUGAGCAACAUUGCUGGGUUUGUCUGUGUGUAACCCCAGUAAAGGGUGACCGGCGGGGCUGUUUGUUAGGAUGAUAAUUCUUCAGUUGAUACGGUGAUGACGGUGUGAUUGUGUAAGAUCUUCAGGCUAUCCCCCCCUCCUAUUCCAGUUGUGGAUAUGGCUGCCGCCGCGGGGGCUGUGUAACAACCCUGCGCACCGGAGCCAACCAUUAUGAGAGAGGAAAGGAGAGAGAGAGAGAGAGAGGGAGAGGGAGGGAGAGAUAGAGAGAGAGUCGGCGGAGAUGCAAGCAAUAGGGGGAGGGGUAGAAAAAGGAGAGAGGAGGAGAAUGUGACUGUGUGUGUGUGUGUGUGUGUGUGUGUGUGUGUGUGUGGUGUGUGGAUGGAUGGAUAGCCUACUACCGGGCUGUGCUAGCAGAGCGCGCACACACAUACAAACACACACACUCACUCAGAAGGGUAGUGUGUGAGCCAGCCAGCCAGUCAGUCGGUGUGAGUGUGUAAGCCAUGUUGGAUGUGAAUGAACGGGAGGAGAGAUGCUGCUGCCGCGCCGCUCCUAACGCUCAGACCUCCAGCUCCACGGACCACAGCGGGUAGAUGCCAACUCUCCAGGCCGACGGAGAGACGGGGGAGCCUGGGGGAAGGUGUCGGGCGGUGCCGGCGGUCCUGGAACUGGCCACCUAGCCGGAACGAAGGAGAGAUAGAAGUAACGGGGAGAGGGGAAGACGCGCUCGAGAGAGAAAGAGAGAGAAUAGGCAGAGGUGGAAGAGGGAGAAAGGAGAGGAGAGACAGAGAAAGGAAGAGACUAAAUGGCUGCACCGCUACCGGGCUUCAACCCGCUCCUGCUCUCGUCUCUGGCACUCCACCUGCUUCUCCUCGGCCCUUUGUUCGCCCUCACCCCGGGGACGGUGAAUACAGGAGGGGCUUCCAACCGAUGGACCCCGGGCCUCUGCUACCGAGACGCCGGUAAAGUGAGCCAGCAGCAACAGCAGCAGUGCGAGGAAGCAGGGGAGUCGCCGAGAGGCAGCUGGGAUCUACGCCCCAGCAGGUGGACCGUAGAGCGGAUACAGGGUGAGGGAUGCUCUGGAGUACAGCGCGCAGGGGGGACGCUGGGAGGAUAUCACCAGGAUGGGGCGAGGGGGACGCGGAAGGAGAGACUGAAAGGAGUCGGGACGUUUUGGAGGAGUGGAAACGGCUCUCCGGCACCAUCACCUCCUCCUCCUCCUCCUCCUCACCACCCAGGUAUUAGGAGCAGGUCGAGCUCUGAUGGCGUCGGCGAGGGAGAGGGGGUGGAGAGAGGGAGGAAGAGGAGGAAGGGCGUUGUUUCUCCUCCCGCUUCACCUGCUUUCCCCUCCUCGCCGGUUCAAAACGGCAAAAAACGGGCAGUACAAAGGACUAGAGUGUGCGCGCAACGGUGGCCGGCGUCAAGGCCACACCUCGCCAAACGUGGCGCCGCCAGAGCCUUUGUGCACGCCUCUGGCCUGUGCAGGGCACCCGGAAGUGGAGAGAGAAGAGGGGGAGAGGUGUGGGAGAGGGCUCGUGAGGUGAGGAUGCUCUUUGCUACAUGGUGCUCCCUGACACCCGGGCAUCUCUACUGGUCAAACCCCGACAAACAAGCUGUCUCUCCGGCCAACAACCCCUCACCUGGCCCCCUGCCAACCGGUUGCUCUUGUUGCACUCAUCCUCUUUCUGGAUACAAUUCACCACAGGUUUCAAAAUACACCUUCAAAUUUUACUCCCUUUUCAUCAACAAUCCGGACUGUAUCCAGGGAUCAAAAUUUGAAUACAUUUGUCAUUUUUCAACUUGUAAUUCCAAGAUUCAGCCGCAUCCAGUUUGCAGGAGCAGCAACACCACCAGGGCUUUGGAUGCUGAUGGGGGCUUCGCCAGCAUGGACAGGAGGGCUGGUAAUUGUCCUCAUUUGGGCAGGCACAAUGUUAUCGAUUCCAGCAGCAUCAGAGAGGGGGGUGAUGAUAGCUGUUUGACUGGGAGCAGGGAGGGGGAGAGGGGCUCAGCGAGUGGGCGAGAUGAGGAGGAAGAGAAGGAAGCGUACACAUGUAGAGUACCAGCAGUGAUUAACCCCAGUACCAGGGCGCACCUAGAUUGUUGUGGAUCCCCUGUCUGUCCUGCGAAAGCCAGGUAUUACCACGCCAGAAUUAUACAUAAUGGGAGGGAGAGAGAUGAGAGGAGAGAGGGAAAAGAUGGAAGAGGAGGAGGGAUGAAUCAAGGCAACAAACACAUUAAUUCAUCUAAUUAUCCGGAUAAUGAUUUGGCUUUUCCUAUUCUGACGCUGCUAUGUAGGGCUGAUAAUGAGCCUCGGCAGGGGAAAUCAGCACCGGCAACCAGAGGGCAGAGCAGUCAAACCCAGGGAGAAAGUGUGGAGGUUCCCGGUGGUUGCUUUGGUUGUUUGGACAGUGUAGAAGUGGGGGAUGGAUAUUUAGCUGAGUUUAUGGUCCCGGAGGGAGACAUAACUCAGAGGAAUCUCCCCAUCCAAUUUACCCCCAGCAGCAUCACAGAGACGCCCGGCCAAUGUUUUCUAUCCAGCAAAAGCGCAAUUCCCCGAAUCACAUCAACAUAUCCUGGCCCGGUGCUCACUACGCCCCCUCAAACACAAACCGGCGAUUAUGCAAAAAGUGGAAAACUAUCCAAACCGCUUCGUCUGUCUGCUGAGAAAGUAAACGCAACUUCAGAGACAGAGUCUGCCGGUGACUCAGGCUUUUUCUCGCCUGCUGAGUUUCCCGUUACAUCUCCCGGAGUUGUGUCAGCAACGGCUCUCUCAUCACGUCUUCUCUCUCAGCCUCCAGAUCACACCACAGCAAAACACCUCACGUUUUUCUCGAAAAUUAACCUGACUUCAUGGCGGGGUGACUCUGCGCGCUCGCUUCACUUACCCGCCGUGAAGGACGUGAUUUCAGCACGAUGGGCAGCUCCCCUAGACUCUCAGCGCGUGUUUGUGUGGCUCAAAUUCAACACCAACAGUAAUAACAACAACGAAGAGGAGGAAAGCAAGGAAGCAAAUGGAUAUAGUCGUGAAUCUAAAAUAGAUUGGCAUGAUCAGACACAGGAGCCAGACCUGUGGGAAAGCGCACUGCGAGAGAUGAUCCAUGCAGGGUGCGUUGAUAGCAUUUCCCCCGACUGUACAGCCACCAAGCGAGGGGACCGUGCACAUAUGCAAUUAAAAUCCGGUAAGCAAGUGCCAUUAGCGCCCGAAGGUGUCAGACAGUUAGAUAGGCGGCAGAUGGGGGCCGAGGGAGAAAGGGAGAGGGAGGCAGAGAGGGAGGGAGAGGGCUUGGAGGGGUCCGCUGCUGUUGCUGCCGCUGUUGGGGGAGGGAAAUUACAGGUGGGGGCGGGAGAGAGAGAGGUGCGGUUGAUGGGAGGCAGAAAACCAGGGGGAAAAGAGCAAAAGGAGGGGGGGUGGGACAGAGAAAAGGCACUAACAAAGGCAAGCCAGGCAGAGGAGAGAGAGGCAGAGGGAGGGAAGGGUCAGGAUAGGGGCAGUAGCACCACCACCAUCACACAGCCAGAUAGCGAAAGAGGGAAGAAAGAGAGCCAGGCGGAUAAAAGCCAUGAGACAGGAGAGGGGGAUGAGAGGGAGGAGGAGGAGAGGCACAGUACAAGGGGAGAGAGGAGUCUGGAAAGACUGAUAAUAGUAGCAGAUGAUGAAACCUCACAGGGAGAAAGGGAGAGGAAGAUUUUGAUGUCAUGGCCUCGGUCUCGACGUGCAGCCAACAGACAUCCACAUUUCUCCCAGUAUAACUUCCAAGUGCAAGUAGCAGAGAACCAGCCACCUGGCACCUCAGUCAUUGUCAUGUCUGCCUCAGACCCAGAUGCAGGAGAUGCAGGCAGGGUGAGCUACUCAAUAGCCCCGCUGAUGAACAGUCGAUCAUCUGACUACUUCCACAUACACCCAGACACUGGUCUCAUCACCACCACUCAGAUUCUAGAUAGAGAACACAUGGAUUUGCAUUACUUCCGGGUCACUGCGACCGAUCAUGGCUCCUCUCGCCUCUCUGGCACCACAAUGGUGGCCAUUACUGUUUCAGACCGCAAUGAUCAUUCUCCUAUAUUUGAGCAGACAGAGUACAGGGAGACGAUCAGGGAGAACGUAGAGGAGGGGUAUCCCAUCUUACAGCUGAGAGCGACAGACUUGGACUCCCCAUCCAAUGCCAAUAUCCGUUACCGCUUUGUCGGUGACACCGCUGCAAUGGCACGAGCGGCCUUUGAGAUUGACCCACGCUCUGGCCUCAUUACAACCCGUGGAGCGGUGGACCGGGAAACAAAUGAGCACUACACUCUCCAGGUGGAGGCUAGUGACCAGGGGAAGGAACCAGGGCCACGCUCCGCCACUGUUAAAGUUUUCAUCACUGUUCUGGAUGAAAAUGACAAUGUGCCACAGUUCAGUGAAAAGCGCUACGUAGUAGCAGUGAAGGAGGACGUACGGCCUCACUCUGAGAUCCUCCGUGUGAGUGCCACAGACCGGGACAAGGACAGUAACGCUGCCGUUCACUAUAAUAUCAUCAGUGGUAACAGCCGUGGACAGUUUUCCAUUGACAGUGUCACUGGGGAGAUCCAGGUCGUUGCACCACUAGACUAUGAGGCAGAACGGGAGUAUACGCUCCGUGUUCGUGCGCAGGACAAUGGCCGACCACCUCUCUCCAACAACACCGGUAUUGUCAGUGUGCAGGUGACAGAUGUUAACGAUAACCCACCGAUCUUUGUCUCCACACCAUUCCAGGCGUCAGUGCUUGAGAGUUCCCCAGUUGGUAGUUCCAUCCUCCACAUUCAGGCCAUUGAUACAGAUUCUGGUGAUAAUGCCCGUCUGGAGUACAGGUUAACUGGCACCAGCUCGGACACGCCAUUCGUCAUCAAUUCUGCAACAGGCUGGGUCACUGUGAGCUCCAUUCUUGACCGAGAAUCUGUAGAGCACUAUUUCUUUGGUGUGGAGGCCAGGGAUUAUGGUAUGCCACCUCUUUCUGCUACAGCAAGUGUUACAAUUACAGUGAUGGAUGUUAACGACAACCGCCCUGAGUUCCUCCAAAAGGAAUACUAUUCUCGUCUGAAUGAGGAUGCAGCAGUUGGCACUAGCGUUGUGACUGUCACGGCUGUGGACCGUGAUGUCAACAGUGCGGUGACCUAUCAGAUAACAGGAGGAAACACCAGAAACCGCUUUGCCAUCAGCACAGCAGGAGGGGCUGGACUUCUCUCAUUAGCCCUCCCAUUGGACUACAAACAGGAGCGAAGAUACGUUCUAACAGUCACUGCCUCAGACCGCACUCUCCAUGACACUUGCCAGGUGCACAUCAACAUCACAGAUGCCAACACACAUCGGCCUGUAUUCCAGAGUGCCCAUUACUCUGUCAGUGUGAAUGAGGACCGACCACCUGGAAGCACUGUAGUUGUGAUCAGUGCCACAGAUGAUGAUGUUGGUGAAAAUGCUCGAAUCACAUACUUUCUCGAGGACAAUAUCCCACAAUUCCGCAUCGACACCUCAACAGGGGCUAUAACACUCCAGGCAGAGCUGGACUACGAGGACCAGAUGACCUACACUUUGGCCAUAACAGCUAAAGACAACGGCAUACCACAGAAAUCAGACACUACAUAUGUUGAGGUGAAUGUGAAUGAUGUGAACGACAAUGCGCCUCAGUUCCUCAGCCCCAGAUAUCAGGGUACAGUGAGCGAAGACGCUCCUCCCUUCACCAGCGUCCUCCAAAUCUCAGCCACUGACCGUGAUGCACACGCCAAUGGUCGCGUUCAGUACACCUUCCAAAAUGGUGAGGAUGGGGAUGGAGACUUCACUAUUGAACCUACAUCUGGCAUCGUCCGAACAGUUCGUCGCUUGGACCGUGAGAGCGUGCCAUUCUAUGAGCUCACAGCCUAUGCCGUAGAUCGUGGCGUGCCCCCUCAGCGAACCCCCGUCCAUAUCCAGGUGACAGUCCUAGAUGUGAACGACAAUGCUCCCGUCUUUCCUGCUGAUGACUUUGAGGUUCUAGUGAAGGAAAACAGCGCAGUGGGAUCUGUGGUAGCCCAGAUAACAGCCACUGACCCAGAUGAGGGUGCCAAUGCUCAGAUCAUGUACCAAAUUGUGGAGGGCAACAUCCCCGAGAUCUUUCAGAUGGACAUCUUCUCAGGGGAGCUCACUUCACUCAUUGAUCUUGAUUAUGAGGCCCGCAAUGAGUACGUCAUUGUAGUCCAGGCCACCUCAGCACCUCUAGUCAGCCGGGCCACUGUCCGGAUCCGUUUGGUGGACCAGAACGACAACCCGCCCACUCUGCAAGACUUCCAAAUCAUUUUCAACAACUUUGUGUCCAAUCGCUCCAACAGUUUCCCCAGCGGGGUAAUUGGGAGAGUUCCUGCCCAUGAUCCCGAUGUGUCAGACAGGCUGUACUACACCAUCGACAGAGGGAACGAGCUUCACCUGCUGCUCCUGAAUCACACCAGUGGAGAGAUCCGACUGAGCCGAAAACUGGAUAACAACAGGCCUCUGGUGGCUCCCAUGCUGAUCACAGUAACAGAUGGCUUCCACAGCAUUUCAGCCCAGUGCGUUCUUCGCGUCCUCAUCAUCACAGAGGACAUGCUGGGCAGCAGUGUUACCGUCCGCCUCCAGAAUAUGUCCCAGGAGCACUUCCUGUCACCGCUGCUGGGUAACUUUCUGGAGGGCGUGUCGGCAGUGCUCUCGGUGCCUGUCGAGGAUGUUUUCAUAUUCAACAUCCAGCCCGACCUGGAUGCGGCGCCAGGAGGGAUCCUGAAUGUGAGCUUCUCAGCCGCACUGCCGGGUGGACUCUUCUUCCCCUCUGAGGCCCUGGAGGAACAGCUGUACCUGAACAGGCCGAGGCUGACAUCACUAACACAGAUGGAGGUUCUCCCGUUCGAUGACAAUGUGUGUCUGCGUGAGCCUUGCCAGAACUACAUGAAGUGCAUCUCGGUGCUGCGCUUCAACAGCUCUGCCCCCUUCAUCUCCUCGCCCUCCAUCCUAUUCCGGCCCAUCCACCCCAUUGCAGGCCUGCGCUGCCGCUGCCCGGUCGGCUUCACGGGUGAUUACUGUGAGACGGAGAUCAACCUGUGUUACUCCAACCCCUGCCUGAACGGAGGGGUGUGCGCCCGCAGAGAAGGAGGGUACACCUGUAUCUGCCGUGAAGACUACACUGGUGAUCGAUGUGAGUUUGACCGGCGGCAGGGCAGGUGUGUGCCAGGUGUGUGUCGUAAUGGAGGGACGUGUCGGGAGCUUUCAGGUGGAGGUUUCCGCUGCGAGUGUCCUGCGGGAGGCUAUGAGCGUCCAUACUGCACAGUCACUGCCCGGUCUUUCCCACCAAAGUCCUUUGUCAUGUUCCGGGGCCUCAGACAAAGAUUUCACUUGUCCAUCUCAUUAACUUUUGCCACCCUGGAGAAUACUGGUCUUCUUUUCUAUAAUGGACGCUUCAAUGAGAAACAUGACUUCAUCGCCUUGGAGAUCCAAGAAGGACAAGUGGUGCUCAAAUAUUCCACAGGUGAAUCGUCCACUCAGGUGAGUCCCUUCCUGCCUGGCGGUGUGAGCGAUGGCAACUGGCAUACAGUUCACAUCCACUACUACAACAAGCCAGCUACACGCUAUCCGAAGCGCAGUAUGAGUGGCGAGGCCCAGGGUCCGUCAGAUGAGAAGAUUGCUGUGGUGAGCGUUGACGACUGUGAUACAGCCUUGUCGCUUCGCUUCGGUACGCAGCUUGGAAAUUACAGCUGUGCUGCGCAAGGCAAACAGACCAGCAACAAGAAGUCUCUGGACCUGACUGGUCCAUUGUUUCUGGGCGGAGUUCCCAACGUACCAGACAACUUCCCGUUUGGCACCAGGGAGUUUAUUGGCUGCAUGAAGGAGCUGCAUAUUGACAACAAGCCGCUUGACUUGGCUGGAUUUAUUGCUAACAAUGGAACGCUUGCCGGCUGCAGUGCCAAGCUCCCCUUCUGUAAGUCCAACCCGUGUCAGAACGGAGGAACCUGCAGGGUGAGCUGGGAGACUUUCUCCUGUGACUGUCCUCUAGGGUACGGAGGGAAGGACUGCAGCCACGUGAUGCCACACCCCCAUCGCUUCCUGGGUAACAGCGCCCUCUGGUGGGACCUAAAGAACGACGUGACCAUCUCCACGCCCUGGUACCUCGGCCUGGUGUUCAGGACCAGAGCGCAAGAGGGGACGUUACUGCAGGCUCAGGCUGGCCAGUACACCAGUCUGCUGUUCCAGGUGAUAAAUGGUCAGCUGGUGUUCUCUGUGACCCGCGGUUCGACCAGAGCGGUGCGUUUGCGGUUGGAUCAGGUGCAGGUGGCAGACGGCCAGUGGCACGACCUCCAACUGGAGCUGCGAGACGUUCGCAGUGGCCGCGAGACACGCUAUGUUGCCACACUACGACUUGACUUUGGACUCUAUCAGGGAACAGUGAUAGUGGGAAAUGAGAUUCAUGGCUUGAAGGUGAAACAUCUGCAUGUGGGAGGAGUGCUGGGCUCCGGAGAGGUUCAAAAUGGGAUAAGAGGAUGCAUACAGGGCGUUCGGCUGGGUGUACGGCCAGAUGCCCCUCCCCUGCCUCGCCCCUCAAGAGCGGUCAAAGUAGAGACUGGCUGUAAUGUUGGCAACCCCUGUGUCUCGUCUCCUUGCCCCACCCACAGCCACUGUUCUGACCAAUGGGAGCGGCACACCUGUAUCUGCGAACCUGGUUACUAUGGGAGAGGCUGCACUGACGCUUGCCAUCUGAAUCCGUGUGAAAACGAGGCUCAGUGCCACAGGAAGCCCAGCUCUUCCCAUGGAUACAUCUGUGACUGUGGAGACAACCACUAUGGGCAGUACUGCCAACACAGAAUUGAUCACCAGUGUCCAAGGGGUUGGUGGGGAUCUCCGACCUGUGGACCAUGUCACUGUGACACCAAUAAAGGCUUCGAUCCCAGCUGUAACAAGACCAGUGGACACUGUCAUUGCAAGGAGUUUCACUAUCAUCCACGGGGCUCUGACACCUGCCUACCAUGUGACUGCUAUCCAGUGGGUUCCUUCUCACGGUCAUGUGACCCAGAGACAGGCCAGUGCCAGUGCAGGCCCGGCGUGAUUGGUCGGCAGUGCAACUCAUGUGACAACCCCUUCGCUGAGGUCACAAAUUCAGGAUGUGAAGUCAUUUAUGAUGGUUGUCCGAAGACCAUCACUCAGGGGAUCUGGUGGCCUCGGACCAAGUUCAACCUGCCUGCCGCAGUGCCCUGCCCCAAAGGCUCUGUCGGUGCGGCCAUCAGACACUGUGAUGUUGAGAGAGGAUGGCUUGAGCCAGACCUUUACAACUGCACCUCACCUCCAUUUGUGGAGCUCAAUGCUGCUCUUGAUUCUCUGGAGCGAAAUGAGACAGAGCUGAACACAAUCAUGGAGAAGAAACUUGCCCACCAGCUCCGUGACGUCACAGAGGCAACCGCCCGACUCUACGGGAAUGACUUGCAGAUCGCCGACCGACUGCUGUCCCGCCUCCUGACCUUUGAGACCCAACAGAGUGGUUUCGGACUCACCGCCACUCAGGAUGCACAUUUCAAUGAGAACAUUCUCCGGGGAUGCAGUGUGCUGUUGGGUCCUGGUACCUCUGGGCUUUGGCGGGCUCUCACUCAGAGUCAGAACCACAUCCCAGGCGGUGGCCCAGCCGGGUUGACAGAGCUGCUGGAGCAGUAUGCCCAGAAUCUAGCCCAGAACAUGAAGCUCACCUACCUCAACCCUGUGGCGCUGGUUGCUCCAAACAUAAUCAUGAACCUAGACCGUGUGGAAAACCAGACCCAUGUGCGGAGGCGUUUCCCACGUUACCACACCACCCUGUUUCGCGGUCAGGCUUUGUGGGACCCCUACACCCACGUGAUACUGCCUCCUGCUGCACUGGUGCCACAACGACAGCAGCAACACAACUGGAAGGAGAAGGAGCGGACAGAGAAAGAACCUUCAGCCCCUCAGAAUGCUGCUCCAGCAUCUGUCAGUGUCUUAGCCAAUCAGACAGGAGAAUACACAGCAGCCAGACGCACUGUUUCGAUGCCAGAGCAGCCCAUCACAAUCGUCAUCUUGCUGAUCUAUCGCAGUCUGGGCGCCGCCCUUCCUCCCAAGUACCACACAGACCGACGAGGAGUGAGGCUUCCCAGACACCCAGUAAUGAACUCCCCAGUGGUCAGUAUCUCUGUCUACAACAACCAGACAUUUGUGGGUGGACACUUGGACCAGCCCAUCCUGCUGGAGUUUAAGCUGCUGGAGACAGCCAAUCGCAGCAAGCCGCUGUGUGUGCAGUGGAACCACAGCAGUCAGUAUGAGAUAGGUGGUUGUUGGACAGUCAGGGACUGUAUGGUGGUGUACAGGAACACCUCUCAUGUCCGCUGUCAGUGCCAGAGACUGGGCACCUUCGGAGUGCUGAUGGACAGUUCACACAGAGAGCAGUUGGAGGGUGAUCUGGAGACGCUGGCCCUGGUCACAUACUCCUCUCUGUGCGUCUCCAUGCUGGCCCUCCUCCUCACUGUCCUGGUGCUCUCCUGCCUCCGAGGCCUGAAGUCCAAUACGAGGAGCAUCCAUUCAAACACAGCAGCGGCCAUGUUAUUGUCGGAGCUGGUGUUUCUGCUCGGGGUCAAUCAGACUGAGCAACAGUUCCUGUGUACGGUCGUCGCCAUACUCCUGCAUUACUUCUUCAUGUCCACGUUUGCCUGGAUGUUCGUGGAGGGCCUUCAUAUCUACCGCAUGCAGACCGAGCAACGCAACAUCAACUAUGGUGCCAUGAGGUUCUACUACGCCAUCGGCUGGGGCGUGCCCGCCAUUAUCACAGGCCUGGCGGUGGGCUUGGACCCCGAGGGUUACGGGAACCCAGACUUUUGUUGGAUCUCCAUCUAUGACAAACUCAUCUGGAGCUUUGCUGGUCCUAUAGCCAUCGUCAUACUGAUGAAUGGAGGGAUAUUCAUGAUGGUAGCCAAGAUGUCCUGCAAUCCCUCCCAGAAAGAGACCAAGAAGCUCCCAGUCAUUGCUACUAUUCGCAAUGCCUUCCUGCUGUUGCUGGUAGCCACCUCCACCUGGCUCUGUGGUCUGAUGGCUGUGAACAACAGCAUCCUGGCUUUCUACUACAUAUUCGAUGUUCUCUGCCUAGUGCAGGGUCUGUCGGUGAUGCUGGUCUUCACUGUGUUCAACUCAGAGGUUAAAGAGGCCUGGAGAGUCGCCUGUUUGGGUAAGAAGAGCCCUGGAGAAGACCCACCAAGACCACCGCAGAACACUGCUCAGAACCCCUAUCACAAUGCAUCUCUGUUGGAGCAGAGCGGGCUGCACCGCAUUACCCUGGGAACCUCCACCAUCUCCUCUGUCAGCUCUGCCAGAGAAAAUCUUUUGGCUCGUCAGACUCUGGAACAAAACAUCGUCCACACCGGAGCGACAGACCUGGAUGUAGCCAUGUUCCACAGAGACGGAGGUGAGGACUCUGAUUCGGACUCAGACCUCUCCAUGGAGGAGGAGCGAAGUCUCUCUAUCCCUUCCUCUGAGAGCGAGGACAAUGUCCGGCUACGUGGGCGCAUCCAGCGGCGAUUCAAGCGCUCCAAUCACAGCGAGCGCCUGCUCACCGAACCCACCCACAACGGCACCAAAGAUCUCGAUGGCAAUGACCUUCUGUCAUACUGGCCAGCUUUGGAGGAGUGUGACACACACACCCUGCAGAAGUGGGGAUCAGAGCGCCCCCUGGGGGCAGAUUACAGCAAGGACGCUGCUAACAACAACCAGCCUGAUGCAGCGCUGACCAGUGGGGACGAGAACGGCCUCACCCAGCCACACAGGCACCGCAAGGGUAUCCUGAAGAAUCGUCUUGGCUGUCCCCCAGCACUCCAGGGUCUUUCCAGCAUGGGCCGGGUCCCCAGUGAGCUCAACUGGUACCGAACCUCUACUUUGGGCCACCGGGGCGUUCCUGCGGCCUCUUACGGUCGUAUGUACUCUGCAACGGCUGGUGCCAGUGGAGGUUCCGGCUCUCUUUCCCAACCAGCUUCCCGCUACUCCUCCAGGGAGCACCUGGACUCGCUGGCCCGGAGGCAGCUGUCCAGGGAUCCACUAGGGAGGCAGACGAUUGGGGGAUCAAGGGACCGGCUGGACUCCCGUGGUUCUAGGGACAACCUAGAUCUCUUACCUAGGAGGAGAGAGCUGGGGCAGGGAGCAGGGCUAGGAGCCUUGGGGCUGGAGUCUCAGCGAGUCUCAUCCUCCAGGGAGAACUUGACAGGAUCCAGGGACAGACUGGACAACCACCACACAGGAAGUGUCCACGCUUCGAGGGAAGACUUGAGUGGAAAUGGAGGUGCGGGAAUGGAGGGAUACCUCAGUGGAUCAAGGUCGCAGCUGAACACGCUAACUCGACGGCAGGCCUCGUCCCGGGAGCAUCUCGGGGCGCUGAUGAGCAGUAGGUCGAGAGAGCAGCUGGAUACCAACGGAGUCGGAGCCCAGGCUCAGCCGUGUCGGGAGUGGCUCCGCACUCUGCCACCCCGGCAGCCCUCGCACCCCGACCAGCCUCCCUCCUCCUCCCCUCCUCCCCCAAUCUCCGAGGAACCCCAGCAAGAGCAGCACCCUGCUUCAGCUCACGUCAGAGGACGACUGGACUCUGCACCUCCCUGUAGGUACCCCGGUCAGACUGUCCCCCAGGUCGCAAGUUCAAAUCCUAACCCUCUGGGUCGACAACCAUCCAGUGAACAUCUGGAUAUUCUGUCCUCCAUCCUGGCAUCCUUCAGUUCCUCCGUCCUCACUCCUCCCCCCGCUGCAUCUAACCCUGGGCCUAAUGGCUCUGCCCACGGACCCUCCCCCUCCCCGCCUCAGUCUGCCACCUCCCAUAGCAUAUCUGAAGUCUCCCCUGACUCAGAAGCCAACAGAAGUGAAGGACAGUCUUGAUGAAAGCCUCCAUAUCCCUUUAUGCAUUGCGAUAGUGCUUGGAACACCAGGGACAAGUUCAAAGGUCAUGGAUGGCCCUGAACCAGUGAGACACCCUGGGACAUUGGAGGACUAGAAACAAACUUGAGACAGAGGAGACACAGAGUUGGAGAGAAAGUAAUACAGAGAGGACAAAAGAGGAUGUUUGUGGGCGGUUUGUACUGUAUAAAUUAAGUUUUUCAAGUCCCACUGCCUACAAUGAUCUGUGACAUUUCUUUGGACGAUGAGUCAACCACCUCUACUACCUAAAAACUGUUGAAGACAAACACAAACUCCUCAGAUUUCAAAGGCAAAAGUCAUCUUGAUGCAGACAAGAUCCGUCUAAAAGAGAAAAAAAAGAAAAGACUGUAAAUAACAUUUUUAUACAUUUUGUAUCUUUUUCAUUGGAGAUGAAGAAGAAGUCUCUUGUGAUGUUUUCUUUUUUUUUAAAUGAUUGUGUCCGUGUGAGGCUGUGAGUGAGGUUGAUGCGAGUGCAGUCGUGUUCGUUGCUGAGGGAGAGAAUUUCCCCUAGAAAGAAAAAACAACCCCCAAAAUUUCUCCCUGAAAACAGUUUUCCUAAGAAACUUUUCUUCAUCAACUAUGUGUAUAGCGACAGGGGUCCGGCAAUAGUAUCUGAUGAGAUUAUCGAAACUACGACAUGUGGUUGAAGGGAAAAUAUCAAAGUAGCGAGAAGUGAUUGUAAAUAGAAGAAGGGAUUAUUAUAGAGAAGAGAUUUGAUGGAACAAGAUGAUUGUGCAGAGAAAGAUGGCCAACGUUAAGCUAAAACACCACAUGAGGGUUCAGAGUUCAACAAUUAAAGCUCAGUCACCAGUGUCCAAGUAUCAGGUCUUUCAGGAGAUUGUGCUGUUUUGUGAUCCACUGUAUAUGAAUGUGACCUUGUCAUCUGUCUGUGUAUUUCUGUGCCUGGUGCUGUCUGACCCAGACCAUAUCAGUCGAUUGAUAUUAUAAGACCAUAUCUUUAGUGUUCUGGAGACCUGGUGGGUGAGGGUAGAUGUCUGUCUGCCUCUCUCUGCAUGAGGCUGUAUCAUGUAACAACCAUUUAAAGCCCCUCAAGGCAUCUUGCACUUUGAUGCACCACGACUCAACCUGCCUCAAGAGACGCCACGGGAGCAGCCGAAUCUCUCCGGCAGCAUCCAGAAGACUCAUUUAUAAAAGCUUCUCAUGCAGAAGUUCUGUUCAAAUCCAAGCCAAAGGGACAACUGCUUCAGAUUAGUACGAUACAUCAAUGUUUACCGUGAUGAAAAUGACUUGUGCAGGGUGUGAACGCUGUAGAUGUAAUUCACAGUUUGGUUUAAAUUGUGAUUUGUUUUCAUAUAAUUGUGCCAUGGAAACAAGUCUAAAGUGAAAACAUGUUUUUAAUAUUGAGGCCAUAGAUCUACGCUAAAACAUAACAAACAUAACACUGUGGCUGUAUUUUAUUUAGCUGCAUACUGUAUAAGCAAAGUGGAUUUUGAUUUGGCACGUAGGAGGAGAGCGGAUCAGUGGGAAGGUAUUAUGAGUCACGUCUUAGUGUGCUCAGAUAUUUGUUUGGAGACCUGAAAGCAGACCUGCAGUACAUAUCCAGAAUGGUAUCUACCUGAAUAUAUUAACUCCUGUUUGUAGCACAUUAAUCCCAUGCCAGAUGUUUUUAUUUGCUGGGCUGAACAUAGUAGCUGGGAAAUUACUAAAGAAUAACCUUCAUAUAUGAGGAAUUUCACAGAAAAGAGGCACUGGCUCUAAAUCUGUCAAGUCCUGACUUUUCUUAUGAGCUGUCACUGAUGAGGAAGUUCACACCAAAACACAUGAAUACAGAUUUGUCCUCAUCGCUGUGCAGAUAUAAAGUCUCUUGAAAGAUACAGUGUAGCUUCUGCAGCACCGUACCAGUUUGCUGAGGAUGUCAGUUGUGUCAGCACUAAAAGCCUCUGAGUGGUUUUGAGAUGCAGGUCUUUCCAUCAGCUUCAGCUCCUUUCUCUCAGCUGUGUUCAGGCCUUAAGGUAACAAGACGCAGGCAUUUGUAAGCAAUGGAGACAGGCAGGCAGUCUCCACCAACCGUCAGGCGGAUUAAGCGAUUGUAGAAAAUGGGGUUUCUGCUUGGCCAAAAUGUGUCGUCUGCGUGUCCUCGAGCAGAGAGCAUUGUGACAGUCCAAAAAUGUUAAAUAACACUAGAACAGCAAGAGAGGAAGUGGAUAUAAAAAAAGAAUGCUUAAAUAGAGCACAAUGAGCAUAAGAACGAGGUACGAAAACAGACAAGGUUGAGAGGAGAACAAAUUGGGUCACAAACCAAGACUGUGUGCAAAAUGUAACUGCAGGAAGGAGGGCGUGGACGUUGCUCAUCGCAGAGAGGAAGAAAAAAACCCACGGAGAAAUAGAUGGAAAUGUGGAUAGUGGAAAUCAACACACAUCUCACACACCUCGCAAAUGCAAAUCUCCCUGCUCUGGCUGCUGCUCAGUCAUUCCCAUGUCUCUGGGAUGUGACAAGGGAACCUAUUUGUGACUAAUAUUGCCAAAAAAUGCUCCUGCAGGGGAACGCUGCCCACUCGUCUGUUAAGGCAAACACACAUAAAAAAAAUCUGACUUUGAUUCCUUGUCACUCUUUUCAUCCAGUUUCUCGAUUUAUUCUAAUUUGUGUUCACAGAUCUGUAUGUUAUCAUCAACUGACAGUACCUUUAACUUGUACAGACAUGAGAUUUAUUUUAUUUAUUGAUAAUUUAUUGACAUUGUAUUGAGUAUUUAUGUUGCCAUUUUGUAUGAGAGGUUGUUUUUUGGUCCAAAUGUUCCUUUUUUUCACAUGUAGUGUUUCUUAUGAUCUGAGUCUGUCACUGCAACAAUGUCACAGAAAGAGGAAAAGAAAAGAGGGGAAUGUGAAGAUAACAAUGUCUCUAUUUACACCUAGGAUUGCAAUGUAGUGAGAAUGCUUUUCAGCAAUUUAAACUGACUUCAUUGUCAAAUCAUGGAGGUAAAAUCUUAGAAGAUAUGACAAAACAAACUUAAAAGUCAAUCGUAUAUAGGUGAAUCCACCCUCUCUAGACAGAAUGUCAACAUAUCUGAAUAUAUUCAAACUAAAAGUUGAAUACUGGGUGUAAAUAGUGCUGGUAUGUCCCAAAUCUAAGCUUUUUUCCUCCCUGUUCAUUGUUAUAGAUCCAAGGCUUCACAAGCACAAAACCAGACCAUUAACUGGUUUUGUAUCUGCUUUUACACACAAGUCAGCUGUCAGCAAUGGCGAAAUGACAGAAAACUCCAGCCUCAGGUUAAUCUGGUCCAAUGAAGCCACACAAGUGAGGGGAGACAAAAACACUGGGCUGAGACGAAAAAGUUGCGAUGUGCUCAGAAAAAAAGAAAAAAAUGGGAGGAAGUAACAGAAGGAAGCAAACAGAGUGAGAUAGUCAAGGAGAGGAGGAGGAGGGAUGGGAGAUUGUGUUUGUUAGAUUUGUGUGUUCAUUAUGGGAUGCCUUCUAUCCCGCCGUCGGCAAGGGGACGGCGGCAUGGAAACAGCUGUUCCCCUGUUACCGCGGAAACAAGAGAAAUGUUGGACAUUAAAAAAUGAAUUAUUCCUA